AUGGGCCAGAUGAUGGAAGUGGAUCCAGUGAAAGAAGGCAAGUCCAUUCCUUGGUGCCUGGCAGCCCAGGGCGUCAACCAACAAGACAUCCAGGAACCAGUAGCAAUGGAGACGGAUGGUGAUGCGACAUCAGUGCAGCGUCACGAGACGGAGAUCGACGGCACCGCAUGCAACAAGGAGCCAGACAUUGCGACGCACGGCGACUCUGGGUUUUUCAGGCCAUACAGCUCUCUGUUCGCGUCGUACCCUACGCUCCGUUUAGGUCUAGGCGGCAACCCCGGCGCCAACUCGAUUGCUCCCCUUGACGGUGGUGAUGUAUCAUCAUCUCCUUCUUUUGAACAUUCAUUAUUACCUGACCUGCAAGCGUUGAGGGCCGCUGCUUUAAUCAAGCAGCUGGAUCCUGAGAGACAAAUCUGUCAGUUCGAAGUCCCCGGUGGCGGAAUAUGCCGCGACGCCAAAUGCGAUGACCUCCACCUCAGUCGUCUUCAUAAUGCAGAAAUGGUUGAUCCUGACGAUCACGAUGUUGCUGCGCUUCUGUGCAGCACUGGUGGUCUGCCACCGUUGGACAAAGUACUUUCUGCUCUCCAAGAUGCUCGACUCAAGGAUACGACCUCAACGCUUGAAACUCGAGUCGCCCGGGUUAUGCAAUCACUCCGACAUCCGGGACCAUGGGCUCCUCCUUCGACAUGA